AUCAGCAAUAAACACCUGUCGUUUUCUCCACGGGCAGUGGUCCAAAAGUUUAGUCCCAAAAAUCCCGCAAAAUGUAACUUUCAAGUUUUAUUUCUCCAUCAAAAUCUGCACGGAGUGAAAAGAGUAUAUCCCAGAGUGUAGACCUGAAAGAGGUGAUGGUUUUUGUGAAUCAGGGUGAUCCAGUUUUUGGCUGCUGAAGUUUGGCGAAGUUUUUCUGAUUUGCCGUGUGACGACGAUAGUUCUGUGGGGAGGUCGCAGCACACGUUUUCGCUAUGGUGAAGUCGCGGCGGCGGUGGUCAUUUCGUCUUCGCUUUGCCGUUCAGUGGUACUUGGUGUGCUGUGUUAUUCUCGGACACAAGAUCGGGUUGUCAGCUCCAGCUGAUGACUCACAGCCAGAAAUUCCAACCACCAAAGAUCCCCACAAGGUUACUGAAGGCCCAGGUCUUAACACUCCCAACAACCAGCCAGGGGUUACCGAUGAACCCCCUCCCCCUGACAAGACCACGGCCCGCCCCCCUCGUCUGACGACUGCCAGAGGGGAACCGGUGGUGACUGCAGGGAGUGGGUUCACUACAGGGGGUGGUGUUGUUGAACCGAAGGUAACAACUUCGGUCGUCACACAUGCAGGCAGCACUCAGGUGCCGGAACUAACGACCCUGCCAUCUGUAACCACUGUAUCACUGGUACCCACUACACCGGUGCCUGUUGCUACUACGCCCGGCAUGACAACUGGCCCUGCAACUACUGGCACAAGUCCAAGUAUCACAACUGUAACUGUAGCUCCACCCACAACUCCAACAAUUCCUGGAGUUGCGACGACCCGGAGUCUGCGCACCACGACCAGAGCUCACACCACGGAGGCAGUAACGACUAGUCAACCCCAUCUAACCACCCAUAAUCCACCACCCCCUAUCACUGAACCUCACCGGCCCUCUACCCGACACCCCCCUAUCAUUCCCACAGAACACCAGCCAACUGAGGAACCCCCUCCCCCUCACACCCAGGGACCCCCGCCGGAAACCGAACCUCCCCCACCCACCAAGCCCCACAAACCGACCAGGCCGCACCCGACAAAUCCACCCCCUCCAACAACUAAGGCCGGAAGCAGACCAACGAACCGCCCAACAGCUCGUGUAACAGGAAGCACACCAACCAGCUUUCCCAAGACCCCAAUCCCAUACCCCUCUGUUGCCAUCCAGCUUGUCCUGCAAGAAACAUGGAAGGACUUCUGUCCUGGCAUCAAGCAAUUCCUCUCAUCCAUUGCAGAGUAUUCUAAAAUGGCCCUGUCCCUCUCUCACUCUCCCUACAUUGCACUUCUCAAUGACACUAAAAGCUGCUUUGAGGCUGAAACAAAUUUGCAAGACACGCCGUUUAAUGAGAUACGCGUGCAGGUGGACAUCUGUAUUCAAACGAAGGAGGGAAGUUGUGACACUAAUCUAACAGAGAGUGUGGGUGUAGCAAUGCAAUCCAAUCAGGAAGAACUUCAGAGGUACCUAAUACCAACGGUCCUGUCCGUACGUGUCUACAAACCCUUGCAAGGGACCCCGGGACCUCGUCCAACCAAGUCGGCAACUGGAGUCGCCGUCGGACUUAGCUUUGGCUUCCUGAUCAUGGCGUCAGUGAUUUCUAUUGGUGCAUUCAAGAUCAACAAAUCGCGUCUGGCCAAGCGGCGUGCGCUGAACAACCGCUACUACUUCGACGGCAAGGAGCUGCACGACACCUUCAGCGAGUCCCAUCAGCUGAGCCCGGUGCACCACACCGCAGCCUUCACUAUGCCUGCCACUAUCACCAUCACCCAUCGGCUAGUACCGGCCAUCAACAAGGGGUUGAUCAUGGAUGAUGAAGAGGACGUAGUUGCUGUGAAAUAUCCGUCCCACGUGUUGAGCAUGCACGGCCUGUCACAGUUCUACAGCUACCUGGAGGCCAUCACGGAGGAGUUUGAGACGUUACUAGACUUUCAGAAGGACCUUUCCAAGCCCCACAGCCCAAGCAAGACCUCAUCGCUGAGCCCCAUCAAGACCUCAACGCUGAGCCCAGGAUUGUUCCACCCUCCACCCAGGACCAGAGUCCCGCUAGAGAAAAGCAGCUCAGACAACCAGCAUGGGUUCCUGAAUGCUAGCUUUGUCAAGGGUUACGGCAAUACCACGUACAGCUACAUUGCCACCACAAACCCCUGGGGCACCAACUUGAAUGAUUUCUGGGAGAUGAUAUGGGAACAGCAAUCACGGACAAUCGUCUGCCUCUGCUCUCCUGAGGAAAUGGGUGUGGUGUGUCCGUGGUAUUGGCCACGUGACGAAGGCAUCCAAAAUGCCCAGCUGUAUGGAGACAUCCUGGUCAUGAGACAGGGCUGCGUGCUGACUGAGAACUACUCCAUGUCUACGCUCCUCAUCAAGAACAUACAGAAAAACCUAUGUCGUCCCAUCAACCAUUUCUGGUUCACCCAGUGGCCGGUAGUCUGCAACCAGGUUCCUUCCUCCCCGACCCUCCUGCUGUCAUUCCUGUUGCAAGUCAGACAGACAGUGCAGGAUAGCUACGGUCCCAUAGUGGCCCACUGCAGCGAUGGGUGUGGCCGAACUGGUACCCUGCUAGCCAUAGACAGUGGUAUGCGGAGCAUGGAGGAUCUGUGCACCGUUGACGUCCCGUCCAUUGUGUGCAGCAUCAGACACGAUCGCGGAGCAGCAGUACUACAGAAGGAGCACUACGUCUUCAUUUACAAGACUUUGUUUGAGUAUUCGGUCAUGCUGACAAGAGGCUUGGCAGACGGCAUGGCUGCCGAGGUAGAUGGGAUCGACACAGACGCUAGCCUUUGCUAAACAUCGGAACCGCUUGUGAUCAGAUUCAGUGGUGGUACACAAUAUAUAAUGUAACAUGGACUUAAGCAGAGUUGUAAUCGAGUCGCUGAGUCAAAAGUCAUCACAAGUCAUCACAAGUCAUCACAAGUAAAUCACAUGUCAAUCACAAGUCAUCAC